AAGAGCCUUUUUGUGUUCCUCCCAUGAUGGACGUCCUCGUCGAUUACCAUUCCUCCACCAACUCCCAUCACUCAGCUCUGAACAAAAGAAUGCACGGUUGCUCAGCGAGUGAGGUCGUGACUGCUCGGGAAGCAACGCCUUUAACAAGACAGACUGAGCGCAGUUGUCGCUCGUCACUCGAGGGAAGUGCUAACAGCUCUGAUAGAGUGUGCAGAGAACGCAAUGAUGGUGUAGCGAGAUUGUCGUCGUGUUCAUCUGAGGGUCCACUCUGCAUAUCACUCGGCAACUUCCUGGCUCGACACAAUUCCUCUGAGGUGGCUCUCCGUCCCGGCGAUGAAGUAACAAUCCUAGACGCUGGUGAAGGAUGGUCGGAGAUCUACGUACACAGAACGGGAGAACGUGGUUUCGCUCCGUCGGCGUUCCUCAUGCUCCAUCCGUUCACACACCAGUCGAGCUGUUGAACAUAAAUUUCUGUAUUCCUCUCGAGACUACUUUUGAAGGUCGAUCACGAGAUCAAGUAGCCGCAGUACUUUCUCUAUACUCUUUUUUUCAUCUGCCGCGUUUCUGGCAAAAAAAAACUGUGUACUCCCAAGCCGACAAUCGGUGGUGAGAGUUUAUGAUAUAACGUAAGGUCGAUCGAGAUGAAGAACAUAUUUCCCUGUGGCGGAAAAUCGAGUAUAAACUAUUACAAUCUUAGUAGUGUCAUACUACGACAAUUCUGAUAUUCUUCGCUGUGCGCAAGAUGAUAUUAUCUAUCCUUUGGUGAGGCUGAUUUGAGACAUGCGGCAUGUCUCUUACCAACCACUUGUUGGUGUGUUGUAAGAUUCGUUACAUCCCGUUACGUGUAUUUUCCAAU